GCGAAGGGAGGGAGGUAGGAUGGAAGCAGACGCGCAACAAGAAGUGACAAUGAUAAGCUAUCGGAAUCGCCACAAGUCGAGCUUGAGAAGAAUGGAGUUUCGAUGGAGAGCGUGGUGGCCCAAAGGUCUGUUCCCGUGCUCUUGGAAGAAGAAAAUCCGCGCCAAGUUCACUCGUUUCAAGUCGAGGGAAUCGCCACCGGCAGCAGCAGCAGCAGCAGUAAAACCGGGAGAGGAGAUCAAGCGAUCAAGCAGCACUUCUUCGCGUUCGAGGAAACUCACCAGAGUAAACUCAUGUGGUGCUGCGUACGUUGGAAUUUACAACGAGCCUGGCGCUGAUUCCCGGAGCAUACCUUACUCUCGCAUCCAGUGUCCUCAGUUUGUGCGAGAGCUCACGUAUGCUUCCUGAAGAUCUUCGCUACAAUCAUGAAUGUCUGAAUAAACAAGAUCACCUGGAUCUUUUGUCGCCCCGAAUUUUUAUGAGCA